GUUACUGUGAUGGACUCCUGUGAGUGUAGUGUGUUUCAUUCUCUUCAGAUAUGAUCUCAGGGUCUUUUUACGCGUUAGUUGCGGGUUUUUUGGGGGCCGCUGCCUCCUUGUCUGCCAAGCUGUCCCUCGGUGCAGACUACCUGAGAGACCUGUGUGAGUCCGGGCUCAGCGGCUGGACUGAGGCACACGGUGGAAGUGGAGCCUGUGACUGGCUCCACGUCCCCCUGAGGCUGCUGUGUGGAGGCCUGCUGUUCACCUGUAACGCCGUCAUGUGGACCUUCUUUUCGAAGGCUCUCCGACACUGCUCCUCCUCAGCCAGGGCCACCGUCACUACCACUGCAUCCAACUUCAUCUCCUCAGCCGUCCUGGGGAGGGUGAUUUUUGGAGAGACCCACGCAGCUCUGUGGUGGGUGGGCAUCUCUCUCACUCUGUGCGGACUGCUUGUGCUUCAUGGAUCUUCACCUCAGGUGCUCCCGCAGCAGGAGGACAAAAAAGAAAAGUAACGUAGCUUUGGCUGGUCACAAGCACGCAGCCACUGCAGCCUGUGGCAAGACUCUUUGAAGGCACAUCAUGGAAUUUCUCAAAAUGUUGCUCAUAGUGUCUUGAAGUGCAAUUAAAGACUGUGUUGCACAAAGCUGGUGGUGCAUUCAGUGCCAUCAGUGCCAGUGAACGACUCCCUGAAUGUGGAUUGAUUUGCUUUUGUUUUGGUGUGGGUUUUUGUCUUUGUGUUCUUCAGUGAGAGCGUGUUGAGCAGGCAGACGAAUAAGUGUGGCCUCUAACUCUUCAGCUGUUUCAUACAUCCACACUGCACAUCUCCCUGAGUCCCAUGAGUAAAGAGAAGUUUGAUUAUUACAGCGUGGUUGGCUUCAGGCAGUUACUUGGUCACCUUUUCAAAAGGAAGGCCAUGUUAAUGAAAGGAAACGUCACCGUACACCUUUUUUCUUCUGGAUUCUAAACAGAAUUUUGAUACUCUGCACCAUCCAGCAGUGACAGGGAAAUUCAUACGGAGGCAGUAGUACGAAAGCAGGGAGUUACAUUCUGAUUAGGAUCAAAAUCUCAAGGGUCCUCAUUGCACCUGUGGGAAAUUACCAGCAGCGAGAAAACAGAGUUCAAGUGAGCCGCAUCGCCAUGUUUUCACCAAUAAUGACUUGUACCUGUGCAGUGUAUCCUGCUCAGUGCCCUCAGGAUUGCUUUAUGCAGCCACAUACGGCCGUUCUGACCAGCUCCAUCCGAGGCAUCAGAAACAGGAAUGAAAGUUGUCAUGAUGAGUUACAUUUUAUUUCUUUGAUAUACAUAAUAUGUACCAACUCACUGAAUUGAGAUGUUCGACUUGAACAGUUUUUAGGAAUUUUUGAAAGGUAUAUCAAAAGACUCUGGAUGGACAGUAUUUUUGUAUUGAAGCAAAUUAAGGCAUCUAACUUGGUAUAGUCUUAUUAACUAGGAAUGUCAGACUCAAUCUGUCUAAUCAGCAAUUCAGGGCAGCCUGACAAAUGUA